AUGUCCUGCUUUGACACACGCUGCAUCAAGCGCCUGCGUUUGAAUGGAACAUUAGAAACAUUUCUGAACGCCUCUCCGCUUCAUCCACAGGGAAUACACAUGAGUAGAAGUGGCGUCUUGCUGGCUUGUCUCGUGGAUUCUCCGAGUACGGACGGGAGGCAGAUCCGUCCGUAUAGCAAACGGCAGCUUGUGAAGAUCACCAAAUCAGGAAAGGUCAUGAAGAGGCUGGCCUUCAGUAUCGACAUCCGCUUGUUUACGUCCCCUGUGAAGGUAGCCGAAACUGUCGAGGAGGAAAUCUGCGUCAUCGACAAAACCGCUAAAGACAGAGGCCGUGUUAUCGUCUUCACUCGAAACGAGCAAGUCAAGUUUAUUUACACCGGACCAGUGGGUUUGAAGAUGGAGUACAUGUUUUGCCCUACAGACCUGACCUGCGACAUUUACGGUCACGUGAUUAUAACAGACGCGAAUAACAACGCUAUUCACAUGGUUGACAAGCAUGGCCAAGUGCUAAGAGUUCAUCAGAUCGGGAGGGAUUGGAUUGACGUGCCUCACUCACUAGUGGUGGACAACAAGGGCCUGAUGAUCGUGGGCGACUCCGCUGGCAUGGUCCACGUCAUCAGGUAUCUCAAAUAG